CAUCACUGUCCCACGUUGUUACUUUGCAUCUCUCCUAUUUAAAAACGACUCUCACUCCUUUCAAUCUCUCGUCGCUUGUUCUCUCACUCGUUGGUGAACCAGGAUCAUCCUCUUAACAGGCGCCGGGAACUUCCAGUAGCUAUCUCUCUAAAUCGAUUGCGUAGCGAUGAGUACUGGCGAGCUUCUCAGUAUCGAACCUCAGGAGCUCCAAUUCCCCUUUGAAUUGAGGAAGCAGAUCUCGUGCUCUCUACAGUUGUCAAAUAAGAGCGAUAAUUAUGUGGCUUUCAAGGUUAAAACGACAAAUCCAAAGAAGUACUGUGUUAGACCCAACACUGGAGUUGUUUUGCCCAGGUCUACAUGUGAUGUCAUAGUUACAAUGCAAGCACAAAAGGAAGCACCUGCGGACAUGCAAUGCAAAGACAAAUUUUUACUUCAGAGUGUAGUUACAAGUCCUGGAGCCACUGCAAAGGAUAUAACUCCAGAGAUGUUCAAUAAGGAGGCAGGACAUAAUGUUGAAGAGUGCAAAUUGAGGGUUGUUUAUGUAGCUCCACCUCGGCCACCAUCACCUGUUCGAGAAGGGUCUGAAGAAGGUUCUUCGCCUCGAGCAUCUGUGUCAGACAAUGGGAAUUUGAGUGCUUCUGAAUUUUCAGCUGCUUCAAGAGCUUUUGUUGAGCGACCUGAGCCACAAGAUAACUCAACAGAGGCUAGGGCUCUCGUUUCAAAGCUGACCGAAGAAAAAAAUUCUGUUAUUCAGCAUAAUAACAAGCUUCAACAAGAGCUGGAUCUCUUAAGGCGUCAAGCCAACAGAAGUGGCACAGGUAUACCAAUAAUGUAUAUUGUUAUAGUUGGCUUGGUUGGCAUCAUUUUGGGGUACCUUUUGAAGAAGAUUUGACCAUCAGAGUUUUUAAUUUUUAGUGGGUACCGAAGCAAAAAUGAGAUGUAGAGAUUUGAAAAAGCAGAUGUGACUGAUUAGCAGGAACUUGUCUUCAAUGUGUUAGUGGUCUGUAUCAGAACCAGAACAACUUGUCGAGUGUGUGACCUAUAAAGGUAGCCUCUGUUCAUUAAGUUAUUAGGUAAAAAAAUCUGGUGGUUUUCAUUCUGUGAUGUUAACUAAAUGCCCUAGACUUUUCAA